AUGAUUGUUAAGGAAUUGGAAUUGAUUGAGAAAUUCAGAGAUAUGAGUUUGGUAUGUGAGGUGACACCUAAGAGUGUUAGAUUGGGUAUGAUGAAGAUUAAUAAUGACUUUCUGGAUAGUAUCAGAGAAGCUCAGAAGUUAGACGUGAAGUUGGUAGAUUCGAUGGUGGGAAUCGAUCAAUUUGAGGACAUUGACUUUAAGUUGGAUGCGCAAGGUGUGUUGAAAUUUCGUAAUCAAAUUUGUAUUCCUGAUGAUGUGGAUCUAAAGAGAGCAAUUCUUGAAGAAGUUCACAGAAUGUCGAUGUUGGCGGAUAUUUAUACCAAUGUGAUUGUUAAACUGCAUGGUGUUCCUUUGUGUAUUGUUUCGGAUAGAGAUUCGAGGUUUACUUUUGAUUUUUGGAAAAGUUUGCAAGGAGCACUGGGUUCUAAGUUGAGGUUGAGUUCGGCGUAUCAUCCUCAAACAGAUGGCCAGACGGAGAGGACUAUAUAG